GACCCACACCCUGAGAUGCUGUGCUGGCUGAGAGAAGACGAGAUGUCGGUCCAUGAGCUGCUACAGAGGGUGCAGUGUGUCAUCACUCAUGUCGAUGAGAUCAUGCAGCAGGAGAUCAGGCCCCUGCUGGCUGUGGACAUCAUAGAGCAGCUCCAUCGCCAGUUUGCCUUGCUCUCAGGAGGGCGAGGGAAAGAUGGCGCCCCCAUUAUAAUCUUCCCGGAGUACUCAAGCUUCAGCGAAGUGCCAGAGGAAGACUUCCUCAAUGUUGUUACUUAUUUGACCAGCAUACCCAGCCUGGAUGCUGCCAGUAUCGGCUUCAUUAUUAUCAUCGACCGGAGGAAGGACAAAUGGAGCUCAGUGAAGGCCUCUCUGUCCAGGAUCGCUGGGGCGUUUCCAGGAAACCUGCAGCUGGUUUUGGUGCUGAGGCCGUCCAAGUUCUUCCAGAGGGCUCUAUCAGACAUUGGGAUCAAGCUGCACAAAGAUGAUUUUAAAAUGAAGGUACCGAUUGUGAUGCUGAACUCUGUGUCAGACCUGCAUGGCUAUGUGGAUAAAGGCCAGCUGACCCGGGAGCUAGGAGGAAGCCUGGAAUACUGUCACAGUCAGUGGAUACACCACCGGACUGCCAUAGAGAACUUUGCCAUGACAGUGAAAACCACAGCCCAGAUGUUACAGAAGUUUGGGACAGACCUGGCAGAGACGGAGCUUCCCAAUGACGUGCAGUGCACCAAAGACCUGCUCACAGCACACACCGACAAACACACCAACCUCAAGGAUGAACUGAAGCUAGCUUUGAAGCAGGGCACCACCUUGUUAGGGUGUAUCAAGGAGCAGGCAGCCAAGUCAGAGAAUCACAAACUCAAUCCAGACGAGAUGGAGAACCAAACCACUGUGGAAAGGCUCCUAGCCCAGCUGGAUGAGACAGAGAAUGCCUUUGAACAGUUCUGGUGUAAACAUCAUCUGAAACUGGAGCAGUGCCUGCAGCUACGCCACUUUGAACAGGACUUCAGAGAGGUCAAAGUGUCUCUAGAUAAUUUGAUGGACAGUCUAACCAGCCUAUCAGAUAUCGGGGAUUGUGUGGCCAGAGUUGAACAUCUGCUCAACGAACUGAAAACACUGGAGGGGAAGGCUCUGCCCACACUAGAAAAGGCCCAGCUCCAUGCUCUGCACGGUGACCAGCUGAUCCAGAGCAACCACUACGCUGUGGACUCUAUUCGACCCAAAUGUGUGGAGCUCCGGCGGGUCUGUGACGACUUCAGCAACGAGUCUAAGAAAAAGACGGAUGUCUUGUCCAAAUCUCUGCAGAUACACACAGGCAUUGAUAAGGUUAACCAGUGGUGUGAGUCUGGCAUCUACCUGCUGGCCUCCCAAGCUGUGGAUAAGUGUCAGUCCCAGGAAGGGGCAGAGUCAGCACUGACUGAUAUAGAAGGCUUUCUGGAAACUGCAGAAAAGAACCAACUGACUGAACUGAGGAACCUCCACAACCAGUAUGAGGUUGUCCUGUCCGAGGACAUCAAGAUUAAUGUCCUUAAGGCACUGAAGCGCCUGGAGGACGUCCAGGAGAUGUUUCAGAAGCGGCACGUCAGUCUGAAGAGGCUGUCAGCUAAACAGACGAGGCCCGUUCAGCCUGUUGCUCCGCGGCCUGAGUCCUCUCCCAAACGGCCCCCACUGAAGAACCCCCCCAGGACUGCAGGGAGCCAGCAGCCACUGGCUCGCAGAGCUUCUGAUAACUCUAACAGUGGCAAGCCGCCAGUCGAAGCUGACCCCAAGAAGAAGAACAUACGCAAGGCCAAAGGAGGCAUCAAGAUUGAGGUGAUGCACGAGGAAAGCCAAGGAGGCUCCACCCACGUUGUUGUGACGAAUGAGACAGAGGAGAGUCUGUCCAACAGACGCAGACACAUCAUGACUGAGUUGAUUGAAACAGAGAGGCUAUAUGUGGACGAACUGCAAAGCAUCAUGGAGGGUUAUUUUGCGGAGCUGGAUAACUCUGAGCUCAGCCACCUAAUCCCUCCGUCCCUGGAGAGCAAAAGGGAUGUACUGUUUGGCAACCUGCCAGCAAUUUACGAAUUUCACAACAGGACAUUUCUGAGGGAGCUGGAGAACUGUGCAGAGAAACCGGAGCUGGUGGGAACCUGUUUUCUGAAGAGGAAAGAAGAGCUUCAGGUGUAUGAGAAGUACUGUCAGAAUAAACCCCGCUCUGAAGUCCUCUGGAGACAUUGUGGAGACAGCCUCUUCUUUCAGGAAUGCCAGAAGAAGCUGGACCACAAACUGUCUCUGGAUGCCUACCUGCUGAAACCUGUCCAGAGGAUCACCAAAUACCAACUCAUGCUCAAAGAGAUGUUGAAAUGCAGUAAGGGUGAGGGGACGGCUGAGUUGGAGGAAGCUUUGACCACCAUGCUGGACAUCAUCAAGUCUGUCAACGACUCCAUGCACCAGAUAGCCAUCACUGGCUUUGAGGGAAACCUCAGUGAACUGGGGAAGCUGCUGAUGCAGGGAUCCUUUAACGUGUGGACCGACCACAAGAGAGGCCACAGCAAGGUGAAGGACUUGGCCAGGUUCAAGCCCAUGCAGAGGCACCUGUUCCUGUAUGACAAGAUGAUGCUGUUUUGUAAGAAGCGAGAAGAGACCACAGAUGGACACGAGAGAACGCCGUCCUACAGCUUCAAACACUCACUCAAGAUGAGCGCUGUGGGGAUCACAGAGAAUGUUAAAGGCGACAUCAAGAAGUUUGAGGUGUGGUACAAUGGCAGAGAGGAGGUUUACAUCAUACAGGCUCCUUCCAUGGAUGUGAAAAAUAUGUGGGUGUCAGAGAUCCGUAAAGUUCUUACAGGCCAGCUAGAGGCGUGCAGAGAAGCCAGCCAGCUCAACGUCUACGGGCCCCCGAUGAGGAAUGUUCGUAAGAUGGUGCUGAGACAGUCGGAUUCAUCAAGCCCAGAAUCAGGCUUCAGGAGAACCAACCCCAGCCCUAAUAUGAGACAGAAAAGAGUUGAUGCUUCAGCCAGCCAAUCAGGCCUCUUGGCUGCUAACGCUAGGAAACGCUUCACCUUGCAGGGACUUUCCAACAGGAGGUCUCUUCCGGCAGCGCCUGCUGCUAAGGAGGCAGAGGUCACCCGCCGCUUCUCUCUCGCCUCCUCUCUCGCCUCCUCUUCCUCCUCCUUCGCCACGCGACGCACAAAAGGUCCCCUGUCUGCUAGCAUAAAGAGCAAGAGACAUGAGAUAAAGAGUGAUCCCACUCCACUUGGUUAUGAAGAUACUUUGCGUGGUGCUAUGGCUGCAGUCAGGAAGCGUCAGAGCCUGACUAGCAGCGCUGCUGCUGCUGCUGCUGGCAGCACCACAGCCGUCCCUAGAUCCACCUCCCAACCAGGCUGGGCCCAGCGGCGUCACCCUUCCAUGGACACAGACGACUUUGAGACGAUCCCCUCCAGUGCUGAGGAAUCCUCCAACUCUUCAGAAGAGGAAGGCAACAAUAAAAAUGGUGACAGCGGUCGUUUCCGGGUGCAGCUAACCUACGAGUCUCGUGAAGCGCGAGACCUCUCUCUAGGGACGGGGGACCUGGUCCAGUUUCUGGAGGAAGCAGAGAGCGGACACUGGCUAGUCAAGAAGCUUUUAACAGAGGAGACAGGGCUGGUCCCGUCCAGUAUACUGCAGACAGCAUCUGAAGAUAUCUUCAGUGAUCUGUGUACAGCAGCACUCUCUGAUUCGGACGGAAAUGAAGCCAAUACGUGGGGAGAUGACAGCAGCUGACUAUUGUAGUUCAUUACGUUGGACUACAAACAUUUUUGUUCAAACAUGGUUUUUGAACUGCAGUUUCCUAAACUGGACUGUUUCUAUUUGUUUCUAUAUGUUUGCUAUUGUUUUUCAACUUUAGUCUGACACAUUGAAGCUUCUCUCUGAAGCCUCUGGAAAAAGCUGGAAACUGAAUAUGUCUGAAUGCCACAGUGGGAAAGCCAUAUAGGACUUUUUAUUCAAGGAAGUACCAGCUGUCAUCUGUGGAGAACUAAAAACUGAAUGGAUGUGGAAACUGGACUUUACAUCCAAAACUGGUUGAAUUCAGAUUAUGUACUGUAGACAAUGCAAUUUAAAAAAAUGGUUUGGCUGGAUACCUGAAUACUCAAAUUCCAUUUCUGACCUGGACAAGCUUAAGGAAAGUGAUGAAUCCCAUGUGCUGGUUGUGAGCAGGCCUUGGCAAGAUGCCUUUCUGUGCUGCUAUACUACGCUGAAGACCAGGUUCUGCCUCUGUUGCUCCGCUUCAACCACCUCAAAUUUUCAGGUUCAGACUACAGACACUUCACAGGAGCUGCAGUCUCCAGAAGAUCUUGGAAGUUGUCUUAAUUCCCUUUCCUGGCCCUGGUAGAGACAACAAAUAAUGUCAUUACUUUACAUCAGAUAUGUUAUCUCAACGUGCCCGUUCUCACACACUGUAGACUUUCAAAUAAUCUGUUUAAAUUGAUCUUAAAGAGCUUGAGAGAUAUUCAUAUUUCAUAUUUAAAUAUACUGUAUAACCCUGUCAUUAUAAAACGAAAACAUUUGUCUGAAAAAACUUAAAUUAUGUCCUCACAUGUAUUAUACAGAUAGAAUGUUUUGUUUAGACAGAAACCUUUUAUAUGUAUAUGAUUGUUUAGAACUCCUCUCAUGCUGGGUAUUAAUAAAGACCUUUUUUGGCAUCGAUGGCCAUUAUGCUAGGGGAGGUCAACAUUUUGGUUCUCUUGACUGAAUAUGUAUUAUGUUUGCUAUGAUGCAUUUACAUAUUCAUACAUAGCAAACAUAAUUAUAUACAGUAAGUGAUUCACAGUGAUUGCAGGCCAUAAAACCAAAAUAAAUAGCUAAAAGGGGCUAUACAAUUCAUAGAGCUGCGCCAAAUUGCGUGACAAUUCUUUGUGGAUUUUUCACUACAAGCUACCCCUUUCACAUUACAUAUUGUCAGUUCACUCAUUGUUCAUAGGCAAUGUAUUGAUUGGUGCAGCUUUAAAAACAACAACAACAGGUUACAAUGUCAAGGGUGUAACAAUUGAGAAAAACAAAUUCUAAAAUGAUUUCUUAUAUCACCUAUAUCCAAGUUAUUUUCCAGCAGAAAACGCAUUUGAGAAAUAAAUCAAUCAUAAUGUGUUUAUUUGUUACACAUGCACAGUGAAUAGCAAAUAGGAGAUGCCAAAUGGAAAUGAAGCAUUACUGGAGCACAUCUCUUCUUUAGAUGAAUUGGGUGGUGGUGGUGAUAAUCAGCUUUCAGGAAACAAAUGUAUCUCUGUGACAUGCUAUUCUACUCAGACUCAUCUCUCCAUAAUGGGAUACUUACUAGCAAGCUUUUUGAAAACAUGUCACACUUUGGGUAGCUGCAGUGUUCAGACACAUACUUGAUCGGAGACCAGAUUGAUUGUAUUCUAACCUUAAAAUUUUGAGCACUGUGUCGUUUUGCUGAUUCCAAGCAAUAGCUCAGCUUUGCAACAGCGUUAUCAGAUGCUUGUAAGUCUGUUGAAGUCCAUGUAGAAAGCUCCUACACCAGUGUUUUUGUAACUGAGAUUUUAGCAUUUGUUAGCAAUUUGUGAGCGUCGCUAACGUAAAUCAGGUAAGCUGAAAAGCUGCAAAGCCAAGUCAGGGAACUGGCAAUUAGCUGCAACCGAUUUUUCAGGGAAAUGCUUUUUUAGCAAGCAGCACCUGGGCUCAACUGUAUAGGUUUCACAUUUUCAGAGAGUAUAAUAGCGCAGUACACUGAAGGUUUAUUCAUGGAGAGGGCCAGGAGGACAUUUUGGUAAAUGUAAAUAAAUGUCAGUGUUAGUCUAACAUUGCAUAUUCUUUGGGGUAAAGAUCCAUUUUCUGUAUGACUGCUGUAUUGUUGUACACCAUUCGCCCUCAGAGGCUUUUUGCCAUUGUAUUGCAUUUCUACUGACAGAUUGAAUUCUAUGGACUAUUCACUGAGAAAUUCAGAACAGCACCGCUGUAUUCAAAGAAAGAUGGCAUGACACAGGAAGGUUUAUAUUUACUCUGUAACUUAUUGUAAAUGGAAUGAGAAAUCAAAAGGAUAUCAAAAGGCUAAAUAUUCACCUGAUGACUGAAGACAUGUCAGAAUGUAAGACUUAGUUACUCUGUGAGAAAGCUAUGGUAUGUAACUGGGAUCAGUCUUAUAAAACAAGCACCCCAACUUUGAUAAGCAAUUAAAAAACAAAUAAAAAUGAUGUAUAGAUCGAUGGGUAGAUUAAUGGACGAGUUGGUUGAUGCAUGUAUGAUGGAUGGAUUGAUAGUUGUUAGAAGGGUGGAUUAAUGGAAGAUGGAUGAAUGAAUGACCAUAGACGGACAAAUAUAUAGAUGGAUGGAUGGACGACACAUGGAAGGAUAGGUGGAUGGAUGGAUGGAUAGGUAGAUGGAUGGAUGGAAGGAUAGGUAGAUGGAUGGAUAGGUAGAUGGAUGGAUGGAAGGAUAGGUAGAUGGAUGGAUGGAUGGAUAGGUAGAUGGAUGGAAGGACAAAGUGAUGGAUAGAUACAGUAUUUUACCACUGGGUUACCAUCUGUAACAAAAUGCAAACUAUUAAAAGUCAUAUACAUUAAUAUUAGUCGGAUUGUUAAGAAAUACCUUCCUCUUGAACAUGCUGUAUAUUUUGUUUAUCCUAUGCUAAAUGAAAAAUAUUGUAUCUUUGUAAAGAAAUAUUUCUAUUGUACUGCAUCCUGCUGUAAUUUUGUCAUUUAACUAUAUUAUAGAAAUGAUCAAGUCUGUAUAUUGUACAAUCUAUCAUUGUAAUGUACAUAUUGAUUUAUUGUGAUAAUAUGCAUUUAUAAUACACAUUUUGUUGCCCUGUUUUGUUGCAUUUU